CUCCUUCUCAACCUCACCAAAGCCGGCAAAACCCAGAGUGUUCCUAGGGCACGUAUGGGUUCGGGAUUUUGAGUCCCAUUUUAUUUAGCUUUGGGAUGCGUAAGUGUGUGGAAGUCUCAGUUGGUUUCCUUUUUUUGUUUGUUUGCGGAAAGGCCAAAGUUCGCAUCGCCCAUCUUUCACUCCUCCCUGGGACUCGGGAAACACAUGUUUGUAAACCACGAUAUACCAACUCGAAGCAAGUGCUGCCUCGGAACUUCACAGGGCAAAUGUCCAGAGGAUGGCUGGGAUGAAAGCACACUUGAACUCUUCCUACACGAGCUUGCCAUAAUGGAUAGCAACAAUUUCCUGGGCAAUUGUGGUGUGGGAGAAAGGGAAGGGAGAGUGGCAUCUGCAUUAGUUGCUCGGCGUCAUUACAGGUUAAUUCAUGGAAUUGGACGAUCGGGUGAUAUUUCUGCUGUGCAACCAAAAGCUGCUGGUUCUAGCCUUUUGAACAAAAUUACCAAUUCUUUGGUCUUGGACAUCAUAAAGUUGACUGGUGUCCAUGCAGUGACCAACUGCUUCGUAGUGCCUAUGGCAACUGGUAUGAGUUUAACCCUGUGUUUCUUAACAUUACGACACAAACGACCAAAGGCAAAGUAUAUUAUAUGGCCACGAAUAGACCAGAAGUCCUGCUUUAAAUGCAUGAUCACUGCAGGUUUUGAGCCUGUGGUGAUAGAGAACAUUUUAGACGGUGACGAGCUGCACACAAACCUGAAAGCAGUGGAGGCCAAAGUCCAGGAACUUGGGCCUGAUAACAUUCUGUGUGUUCAUUCUACUACAUCCUGUUUUGCUCCAAGAGUGCCUGAUCGAUUAGAAGAACUGGCUGUGAUUUGUGCUAGUUAUAGCAUUCCACAUAUAGUCAACAAUGCUUAUGGAUUGCAGUCUUCAAAGUGUAUGCACCUCAUUCAGCAGGGGGCUCAGGUUGGUCGAAUAGACGCUUUCGUUCAGAGCUUGGACAAAAAUUUUAUGGUUCCAGUAGGUGGCGCUAUAAUUGCUGGCUUUAAUGAUUCCUUCAUUCAGGAAAUUAGCAAGAUGUAUCCAGGAAGAGCUUCAGCUUCACCUUCUUUAGAUGUCCUUAUUACUUUAUUAUCACUUGGAUCAAAUGGCUAUAAGAAGCUAUUAAAAGAAAGAAAGGAAGUAUUUUCAUAUUUGUCCAUCCAAGUAAAGAAGCUGUCAGAAGCCUACAAUGAAAGACUGUUGCAUACACCUCACAAUCCCAUAUCUUUAGCCAUGACACUUAAGACACUAAAUGAACAGCAUGACAAAGCUGUCACUCACCUCGGCUCAAUGCUUUUUACCAGACAGGUUUCUGGAGCCAGGGUUGUGCUUCCUGGGUCUAUGCAAACUGUGAGUGGCUACGCUUUCAGAGGCUUUAUGUCACAUACAAAUAAUUACCCUUGUGCCUACCUCAAUGCUGCAUCAGCCAUCGGAAUGAAGGUACAGGAUGUGGACGUGUUCAUAAAGAGACUUGACAAGUGUUUAAAGACAGUAAGAAAAGAACAAAAUAAAGAGAGUAAUGUAUCUGGAGUUGACAAGCAUGACAAAACUGAAGAUGUGGAUGUUGAAGACAUGGAUUUAAAACUAGAUAAUGUACUUCUUGACACAUACCAGGAUUCUUCAUGACAUGUGGAGGGUUUCUUUUUGAUAAUUUGAAAGAAAUGAUGAGCUGACAGUGCAAGCAAGCAGUUUAAUGACAAGACUUGAGAUUUUCGAAUUGAGAAUUUUAUGGAGAAUGUUUAGUCGAGGAAUAGAAUGUGGUCUGAGUUAGCCAUUUAUGAUUGUUAUGUUUUUAUUCUCGCACUGCCUCAGUCAUGAUCCUUAACAGAUUAUAAUAUACAAUUAGCAUUUUUCCAGUUGUUAAAAUAUUUGUCAGUUAAGCAUGAUUCAGAAAAUUCUUAACUGAUAUGAUAGUAAAAUUACCCCUAAUUCUCUUUGAAAUGUGUAGACUGCUUCCUCCUAACUAUUCUCUACGAUUCACAAAUUCGUUAUGUUUCUGAUCACAUAGAAUUUAGAAAGAUCUCUCAUGCUACUAAAUUACUAGAUGCUAUUGAUACUUUUAAGUCACAGUAUGCCUAUAAAAUUGACAUUUCCCAGGAGAGCAGAAUCAAGGUAUAAACUUUAAUUUUCUCUCAGCAGCGAUGGUUCUCAACUGGUAACGAUCUGCUUAUAUCUAAGCAAUAUGUUGGGGACAUUUUUGUUUGUCAUGACUGGUGGGAUGCAUUUGAGAUAACAUUUUAUUUCUACAAUGGACAAGACAACGUUCCAAAACAAAGAAAUAUCUAGCCCCGAAUCUCAGUAGUGCUAAGGUUGAGAAACACUACUCUAAAGUAAAUGAACUCAAGUAAAGAGUUUUCCAUACCAUCUUUAAUUAUUCAAUUGUGCUUCAAAGAUAGCUCUAUAAUAUUAUCUAAUUAUAUACAGUAUAUAGACUCUUAAGUGAUAACCAGGGUUACUAGUUCUAAACAUGUAAUUAUAAAUGAUUUUAAAUGGCAUUUGUGUAUUUGGGCAAGUGAAAACUUUAUUCCACAGUUUUUGCUUUAAGCAGCCUUUGUUUAUUGGUUAGUUUGUUCAGGUGUUGUGGACAGCCAUCAGUAAGAGUGGGUUAACAUGGGUAGUUUGGAACAUAUUUUGCUAGGGAAGCAAAAAUGAAGUAAUAUGAUAAACAGGUGUAUUCCCCCUCCCUGCCCAAGUGCUCACUUUCUGAGUCUGAAAUUCCAGACUUACGGGCUUAAACGGUUAUUUUUGUUGUUAAUUUUAAGAAAUAGACCGAUGUCUCAUAGUCUGAGGAAUUAGUGAAGCUUCUGACUAUACCAAAUGCUGAAGCUGUGUUUCUCAAGACCUGCUCUGUGGAGCAUUAUUCCUAAGAGAUGCUCAUGGAAAUAAACAGUUCUGUGGAAAAAUAAUUUGACGACUUUGCACAGCUGCCUGUUGGCAUAUUAAAUGCUCUAAGAAUUCCUUUGAAACCAUUUUGAAUGUAUCCUUAUCUAAAGAUGGAACCUGUUUUUUAAAGUGAAAUACUUGUUAACAUUCAUUAACCAUACUUUUGAAAACACUGCAGUAGAAAAUGCCACCUUGAUUUCUGGAUUGUAUUUUUCUUUAUUGAUCGGCAAUGUGAACUGUGUCAAACAUGAGCUCAGACAGCACUGCCAUUAAUGUGUAAGUUAAUACUUGAGACACUAGCUUGACAACCUUGGAAGUCAGGACUGUGUUGAGAUACAGUAUGUAAUAAAUAUUGUAAAAGUUACUUUUAAA